UUUGUUACGGGCAGCAGUGAGGGAACGCCGGCUGAAGUGAAGGGGGACGUAGAAUGCAGUGGCUGCUAAGGGAACGUCAGAUGCGCCACCGAGUCAGGAAGUCAUGGAGUUUCACGAGUUCCAGUUAAAACCUAUAACAAAAGAGACGCGGGAUGCUCCAUGUACAGACCCCAGCCCUGCUGCAGGUCCUGUGCCCGGAAGGUGCAGUCACUUCGUGCAGAGAAAGGGACGAUACUGUAAAAUGAUCGUAUCAGAGGGGAAGAAGUUCUGUGGGGAACAUGCAUGGAAUGUGCAGGAGGAGGGCAGCAGAAAACGGAUCCCUUGUCCUUUAGACCCCAAACACACAGUGUAUGAGGACCAGCUCCAAAAACACCUAAAGAAGUGUAACUCAAGAGAAAAACCUAAGGCAGUUUUUUAUGUGCAAAAUAUCAAUUCUGGAGCUGUGGAUACAGAUACCUGCAAGGAGCAGGUUAGCCUUAGUUCCCUGUCCAGAGAAGAGCUGCAGAAGCUGACCGACACAUUGGUGCAGGCCACUAGUGGCCUGGAACCUCCCCUGCCAGACAAGCACUUGCUGCAUCCAGCAUUACAAGAAGCUUUGAAUGACCCAGCGAAUGGAGGCACUGCCUCCAAGCACCUCAAGCAGCAGGGCUCCAUAUUGGGUCACUUGGAAAGACUGGGUCUGCUGGGUGGUUCUCAGUGUUACGUAGAGUUUGGAGCAGGAAGAGGGAAGUUGUCCCACUGGGUGAACAUUGCUACUGAAGAUGCUGACCGUGUCCACUUCCUCCUGGUGGAAAGAGCCACCACAAGAUUUAAGGUGGACGGGAAGCAGAGGAAAUCAAAUUUUGAGAGGCUCCAUAUUGACAUCCAGCACCUGUGCUUAGAUCGUGUCCCCAGUCUUGGUCAGAAGCAGCUUCCAGUCAUUGGAAUUGGAAAACACCUCUGUGGGGCAGGAACAGACUUGGCACUUCGCUGUCUCGUGCAGAAUGAGUUUAAUCCACCAGUAGAACCCCAGUCUAAACGCUUCAGGAGAGAACCAGCAAGCGGAAAGGAAACUGAACCAGCUAAACGGUUCCCUGUAGAGGGGAUAGUCAUUGCCCUUUGUUGCCACCACCGUUGUGAUUGGCACCACUAUGUGGGCAGAGAUUUCUUCCAGAUGCUGGGCCUCGGCCAGAAGGAAUUUGGUCUUUUCCAGCGCAUGUCCAGCUGGGCUACCUGCGGUACCAGGAGACCAAGCCAGGAAGACAUUUCUACUGAGAAAAUAGAACCUGAAGACGCAGAAGAGCAUGACAUUGACCAGAAGAGCAUGGACUGUAAUCUAGAAGCUGCUCAAGGGCUGCUUCUGACUGUUGAGGAACGAGAGAAUUUAGGACGUCUCUGCAAGCUGCUAAUAGACCAUGGACGUGUAGACUAUUUGAGAAAAAUGGGAUAUAAAACAACCCUUGAGCAUUACACAGAUCCCAAGGUGUCAUUAGAGAAUGUUUUGUUGACAGCAGUGCCUCAGUGACAUAGC